UGAGUAUGAGUUCAGUGAGCCCACCUGUUUUGAAUUCCCUUGGUGCUUCCAUAACCUCAAAGAUUGACAGUGAUCAAAACAACAUAAAAUGGUUUCGUCAAAUUGGGGCUAUCCAGACCCGGAAAAAACAUCUGAAGACUUGUCCCCCAAUAAUGAAAUUAUCAUGGCUACUGACACAGAUACAGACGAAGAGGAAAAUCCAUAUAAUGACUAUCAACCACUUCCAACAAACGACGUCCCAGAGGUGGAAGGCUCAAAUAGCAGUGAUAAUGAAGAAGGAGCCGUAGCAAAUGUUGAUUCUUUGCCACCCAUCACACCCAUGGAAGAGACAUUAGUGAAAGAAGUGUGGACGGGACCUGCCCCAAAAGCAGUCGAUAUUGAAAUGGACAGCAAUAAAGUAAACGAAGUGAAACAAGCAAUGAUCAAUUUUGCUCUACCACCAAGCUCUAUACCAGAAUGGGCAAAUAACAUUCCAGAAGAGCAAUGGAAACAACAGCUAAUCAACAGGUUACAAAGCUUGCAGAAAAAAUAGUUGUUUUAUGUUGUAUGUGAUAUGAAGUAUUUAUUAUCAUUAUGUAUUAUUAUGAUAAACGUAAAUAGAAAAAGUAGAGUAAUA